AUGUCAGACUCAGAUUCAUUCAUACUUUAUGACAUUGGGCAACUCAGUUCUGCUGAAGAUCAGGCUCUCUAUGUGCCAGUAGAAAUCACCAACAGAGUCUUCACCACUGCGCUGCUCAACCCAGCGAAUGAGGCGUAUCAGACCUUGUAUAACGAAGUCACUGACUUGCUUAAGGGUAUCUAUGACUGCAAAGACAGUAACACAUGUCCGACAAACGUCAACUUCAGAGGUGUUGUGGGAAUGACUUUCAGUGCCGGAUCUGGAUCUGUAAUUGCAAAUGCAACAAUGCUCUUCGUUAAGUAUUCUGUCAAUCCGAUGGUCGCCUGGAGUUAUUUUGAGCAGAAUGUCAACAACACAAACUCUACUGCGACUACAUUACCUUCAACAACAACUCCUACAACAACAACCACAACAACUCACACUACAUUAACUACCACAACACCUACUCCAACAACCUUUACUACGACUACAUUACCAUCAACAACAACUCCUACAACAACAACUCAUACUACAUUAACUACUACAACACCUACUACAACAACCUCUACUACAACUACAUUACCUUUGACAACUCCUACAACAACAACCACAACACCUACUACAACGGCCUCUACUACAACUUUGUUACCUUCGACAACUACAACUCCUACUAAAACAACCGCAACAACUUACACGACACACAGCAUUCGGAGCUACAACCAAAUCGACCAGAACAGCUGCCAGAACUACAAAACUUGCAACUACAACAACCCCAACAUCUGCGACUACCGCUGCACAUCCAGCACUCACCUCAACUACAACCAAACAUUCUGCAACAACAACUUCAAGCAAGACAAACACUUCUACGAAUGGCACCAUACUGGUUCCAACCACCAUGAAAACAGGAAGCAGUGGUGGCAGUUAUACAACAGGCUGGAGAGAAAGUCCCACACACGCUCCGGUGAACAUCGCGACCACUGUGAAUCCACGCGGCAAUCACACAGAUUCUGUUUCAAGUGGAAAGCCCAGCGACCCUAUGACGUCAGGUGGCAGCAGCAAUGA